AUGCUGGAUUUUCUCUGCAGGCACGCAAAUUCUCUCUCUCUAUCUCGCUCUGAAAGUAGGACUGGAGCAACACAGUCUUUCUACCGCUAUUCUCCUUAUUCGUCUUUGAUUGAUGGUAGGGAUCUAGUAAUUAGAAUCAAUUUUUGUCUUAAUUCAAAAUCACUUUCUAAAUCGUGGAUUUGGCUCUUCUAUCUAUCUAUCUAUCUAUCUAUCUAUCUAUCUAUCUAUCUGCUCCUAUCUAAAUAUCUAUUUCAAUCUGUCUUUCUUUCUGCUCCUCACUCUCUCUUUUUCUCUCUGUUUCUAUCUAUCUAUCUAUCUAUCUAUCUAUCUAUCUAUCUAUUUCUUUCUUUCUUUCUUUCUUUCUUUCUUUCUUUCUUUCUUUCUUCUCCCCUAUCUUUCUCUCUAUUUCAAUCUAUCUAUCUAUCUAUCUAUCUAUCUAUCUAUCUAUCUAUCUAUCUAUCUGAUCCUCUCUCACUCUUUCUUUCUUUCUUUCUUUCUUUCUUUCUUUCUUUCUUUCUUUCUUUCUUUCUGCACCUCUCUCUCUCUCUAUUUCGUUCAUUCAAUCUAUUUAUCUAUCUAUCUAUUUGUUACUCUGUAUAUAUGUAUGUUUGCAUCUAUCUAUCUAUCUAUCUAUCUAUCUAUCUAUCUAUCUAUCUAUCUAUCUAUCUCAGUCUGUUCAUAUCUAUCUAUCUAUCUAUCUAUCUCAGUCUGUUCAUAUCUAUCUAUCUAUCUAUCUAUCUAUCUAUCUGUAUAUAUGUAUGUAUGUAUGCAUCUAUCUAUCUAUCUAUCUAUCUAUCUAUCUAUCUAUCGAUUACUUUCUUUUUUUCUUUCUUUUUUUCUUUCUAUCUAUCUAUCUAUCUAUCUAUCUAUCUAUCUAUCUAUCUAUCUAUAUAUCUAUUUCUUUCUUUCUUUCUUUCUUUCUUUCUUUCUUUCUUUCUUUCUUUCUUUCUUUCUUUCUUUCUGCUCCCCUAUCUUUCUCUCUAUUUCAAUCUAUCUAUCUAUCUAUCUAUCUAUCUAUCUAUCUAUCUAUCUAUCUAUCUGAUCCUCUCUCACUAUUUCUUUCUUUCUUUCUUUCUUUCUUUCUUUCUUUCUUUCUUUCUUUCUUUCUUUCUUUCUUUCUUUCUGCACCUCUCUCUCUCUCUCUCUCUCUCUCUCUAUUUCGUUCAUUCAAUCUAUUUAUCUAUCUAUCUAUUUGUUACUCUGUAUAUAUGUAUAUUUGUAUCUAUCUAUCUAUCUAUCUAUCUAUCUAUCUAUCUAUCUAUCUAUCUAUCUAUCUAUCUAUUUCUCUGUAUAUAUGUAUGUAUGUAUGCAUUUAUCUAUCUAUCUCUCUAUCGAUUUCUUUCUUUCUUUCUAUCUAUCUAUCUAUCUAUCUAUCUAUCUAUCUAUCUAUAA